AUGAAGCCCGACAAGAUCGGAGACGCCGACUUCGCCAACUACUUUUGCACGUACGGCUACCUCUACCACCAGAAGGACAUGCUGGAAGAUCAGCAGCGCAUGACGGCGUACCACGACGCCGUGCGCUUAAACCCGGCGCUCUUCAGGGGUAAGACGGUGCUGGACGUGGGCACCGGAAGCGGCAUCCUCGCCAUCUGGGCCGCGCAGUGCGGGGCGCGAAAGGUGUACGCGGUGGAGGCUACGUACAUGGCUACGCACGCGAAGAAGCUCGUCGAAGCUAACGGCCUCGGCGACGUCGUGACGAUCAUCCAGUCCACCGUGGAGGAGGUGGAGCUCCCGGAGCAGGUGGACGUGAUCAUAUCCGAGUGGAUGGGGUACUUUCUGUUGAGGGAGUCCAUGUUCGACUCGGUGAUCGUCGCGAGAGACCGGUGGCUCAAGCCCGGCGGCGCCAUGUUCCCGUCGCACGCCACGAUGUCGAUCGCGCCCAUUCGGACCGGGGUGAACUCGCAGAAGCACGCCGAGUACGAGGACAGCUGCCGCGGGUGGGACGAGUUCGUGGACGACACCAAGGACCACUACGGAGUGGACAUGAGCGCUUUAACGGAGACGUUUGACGCGGAGCAGCGGGAGUUUUUCCUCAACACCUCCGCUUGGGUGGACAUCCACCCGAGCCAGGUGCUCGGCAAGGCGUGCGUGAUUUGCGACUGGGAUUUGCAUAAAGUCACCCUGGAGGACAUCAAGAACCUGGACGUGCCGUUCGAGCUGAGGAUCCACGAGACCGGCGCGAGCGGACCGUCCGAGGUUGGAGCCUUUGCGGGUUGGUUCGACGUUUCCUUUAGGGGCUCGGAAGCGAACCCGUGCGAGAACGUCGUCGAUCUGACCACGGCGCCGGACGCUAACGGCGCCACGCACUGGGGCCAACAGGCGUUCUACCUCUCCCCGGGCAUCUCCGCCGCGGACGGCGCGCAUCUCGAGGGCAGGCUCGAGAUGCAGCGGAAGAAGGAGAACCAGCGACUGUACGACGUUCGCCUUACGUGGCGCCAGGGCGACGGGGAGAAGAUCAACGAAUCCGUCGGCGAGAGGAGGAACGUGUGGCACAUCGAGUGA